UGCACGAACGAGUGCCGGCAGGCAUAUGCUAUGUGAUUGUGGUUAUGUGUCCUGCUGCUAUCAUCUGCUUCUGGACGCUAGUGAUUGACGGUCUCUUUGCGCAUUCGCAACCCACGGAGACUGAAGGCACAGGCAGAAGACUGGGACGCUAUAGACUCGUAGACAGGCUAUGGGAACUCAAUUGCGGUAUCUUGGGCUUGGCUCUGUCCGAAGGCACUGCUUUCNGCGCACUCAAGAACACGGUCGGUAAGCCGCGCCCUGAUCUAAUCGAUAGGUGUCAACCGAAGAUUGGAUCGUUUGACACAUCUCCAUACGGCCUGUCGAACUCGUCGAUCUGCACGCAGACCGAUAUGAGCAUUCUCAGGGAUGGCUUCAGAAGUUUCCCCUCGGGACACUCGAGCACCAAGCUCCAUAUCUGGGAUUCGAGAGGUGAAGUAUGGAAGAUCUUCGUUGUCAUCAUCCCGUCCCUCGGCGCCUCUUUGAUCGCAGCAAGCAGAAUCAUGGACGCGAGACAUCACCCCUUUGACGUGAUCACUGGCAGUUUACUUGGUAUAGUAUGUGCUUGGCUAUCCUAUCGUCAGUACUUCCCUCCGGUCAGCGAGACCUGGCGCAAAGGCCGUGCAUACCCCAUCAGAACAUGGGGACAGGAAACGGCACCACCGCCAGCAGCAGUGUCAACGGCAUAUGAACCGUACGGCAUGCAAGGACCAGACCCGCAGAGAGCACCGUCGCAAAGACACAUGCAGCACUCGAGAAACAUAGGCUCGGACAGCCAAGCAAUGCUGGCGACGCAUGCAGCACCGUUUCCGACCGGGGGGUUGGCUGGCACGGGAUCUGAGAGACGGCGUGAUGAGUGGGACGCGUCUUCGACCGAAGAAGACGAAUUUGAGUUGCAGCAGCAGCCCAGGUAUCCACCGGGUGCGAUGAUGGGGUCGACGGCGUACCUGCCUCGCACGCACAUGGGCGCGACAUCAGAUCAGGUU